UAGUUGUGAACAGCUCUCUGCAUUAUUUGCGCAGCGGGAGGAACAGAUCAUGCUGUCACAGAAAGGCUGCAGUGUUCAGGAUGGUGCUGUAGGCAGCUGAGUGAAGCACCUGUUUGACAGCCUGAAGGAAGACACAGAGAGGUGAUGACAGGGUGACAACGUGUGGGUCAAGGUUGCAUCUUGUAGGACAUUUAUGAGAAGCUUCUCUGGCAUUGUGUAUGUGUGCAUAUGUGUGUGCAGAUUGGUCAAUUUGGGUAAUUUCUUUUUUAUCCUCACACUAUGAGAAUGACAUCUUGAUGUGACACUUCCUCCCCUGACUGGAGACUGUAGGAUGAGAGCGAAUACGUUGUUUGCUGUGAUUUUACUCAGGGAUUUUGAAAAAGAGAACCCUGGGUGUGGAUGACAAAAAAUGAUUGACAUUUGAUUUUUACACAUCAUUCAGUCUCCAGGAUUUGUGAGAUAUUUUUUUCCACCCUAAGAAAGUCUGCUCAAGGCUUUAAAUGUUUGGGCGCAGCAUUUUUACCUUAGGGAACUUUUUGCUACAGGACAUUCAGUAGAGAUGCUUCUAUUGCAAUUUCUGCAAUUCUUGACUUGCUGUACUGCUACGUGUUUUUGCACAUUCCAGUUUCAUUCCAUUGAUAAUAAAUACAAAAUUGUGUUAUUCAUAUACAAUUUUAUUCUCACAAGAAGUAAUUUUAGAACAUUUUCCACAAACACUUAACACAUGCGCAAAAAUUAUAGGUUACAAAACAGGUAAAAUGUGUGUCGAACAGCCUGGUUGAUUAUUGCUGGUUGGUUGAUCAGAGUCAUUCAGAGAAAAUCAUUUUUGCUUCAAAUCUGUUUUCUCUUCUUUUUGUUUUGUUGCAGACAAAGCUUUCAGCUUUCAGCGAAAAGAGCUUAUUGAAUUGAUUUUAGAUUAAAAAAAAAGUCAGUAAAGCCAUAUGCAAACAGCCAUAUCACUGCAGACCAUUGUUUGACAGCAGGAUGCUAUUUAAAUGUUAUUUUAUUAUUUUACCUUUUUUUAAAAUUAUUUUUAUAUUAUAUUAGCUUCCCCCAAGUAUGUUGGAAAAUAAAAGCAAAUCAAGCGGAUGUUUCAAAUAGUGACAUUUUAUUGCCUAAUUUACAUAUUUGAAUGCACAAAUUUCCUGUUUAAUUCUGAACUUUAUUUUUUAAAAAGCACAAUGUUUGAAAAAAGGUAUGUAUUCACAAUUCUAGCAAAUUGUUUAAAAGAUAAAUGUAAAAAAGACAAUUAUUGUUUAUUGAAAUUGUGUUACUUUAAACGCAGAUAGCAUUAUAAAAUAAAUGACACUAAAUGUGAAACUAGAACUACAACUUCUUACAAUGUAGAAAAGAUUAGGCUGUAAGUACGAGUGUAAGAAUGUUGACAAAGUCACGAUGACUGAAACACAGCUCCAUUGUUCUAAGAAGCUUCUCUCACGUUAUUAUUUAGUUUUUUCAACUGAUAACUGAUUAUACAGACAACCGUGACUUGACAGGGUUUUUUCAAACAGCGGCCACCUUUGUGCUCAGUGUUUAUAAUUGUUUAGAUAGCUUAAAUUACUACCAACCCAGAGCUGCAGAUAAUGGAAAGGACAGACAAGUCGGGACAGUAUUACAUCUGCAGUGCUCUGAAAAAUAGUGUUCCAUUUACGUAACAAAUUAUACCUUUUCAUUUGAUGUCCUGAAGUUAAGCGGUACUUUUUGUGUACUCUUGGACAUCUGAAGUGUCUAAAGCCUUCCUCAGCCUCAAACUUCUAACAGAUCAUUUAAUUUUCUGUAAAAAUGUAAGCCUUUAUUUGGGGAACAAGGAGUUAAAACAACAAAGUUUCACUGAAUAAUAUCAUUACUCACAUUCUGGCCUGUUGUAAAUUAUUCUCGUAGGGAUUGCGUGCGUUUACGGCAUUAAUGCAAACCUUGAUUUCAGAUUUCUGGCAGACUGAGGAACACACAGCCUGUCAGCAAUCACCAGGGCCGAGUGUUUAUUAUUUAGAGACCAUGUGGAGCGGGCUGCUGUGACUCUGGUGCUCGGGUCCUGCUGAGGAUCAGAGCUCCAGGACUCAGCUGUAGCUCAGAGGUUUCCUUGCGUCCAACUUAACAUACUGUACAUAUUGCUGAUCAGCUGAUCAAUGACAUACAUCCUGUCAUAUGUAAUCGUAAAGUACAUAACAAUUCUUCACAUUACAGACCACAUGUGUAGAUGUACUGUAACCCAGUGUUUAAAAAACCAUUGCUACUGCUGCUAGUACAACUAGUACCACUAUUACUCCUUCUUCUUCUUUUGACUGUUCCCUUCAGGCUUCGCCACAGUGGAUCAUCAGCUUCCAUCUCACUCUAUUCCCUGCCUCCUUUACAGUUAGUACAGCUACUACUGCUAAAAAUAAUUAUUACAUUUACAUUUAAGCAUUUAGUGGACCCUUUUAUCCAAGGUGACUUACAAUCAAUCAAGCUCCAUAGAGGAAAGAAAGAGGACACUAUUUAGUAAAGUGGGACUUCUUAACCAGAAUGGAGGUAAGUGCAGAAGGAGAAGUGAAGUACAGGAAAGUGCUAGGGAUUGGAGAUGCUCUCUGAAUAGCUGGGUUUUUCAAGAGCUUUUUGAAAAUAGGCAGGGAUGCCCCUGUUCUGGUGGUGCACAGUACGUCAUUCCACUAGCGUGGAAUUAUUAGCAAUAGUAUUUAACAUUUUAAUAGAGAUGUCCAUACUAAAUUUAAAUAUCUCUGUUUUUCCAGUUUUCAAAUCAAUGUAUGUGAUUGAUACAGAGCCCUGUAAUGAAAAUGAAUAACUUAUUAACCCUUUUUAGUGCAUUAUUUUUCAGUCAAUCCUUCAGCAUUCCUCUCAAAUCAAUACACUGAUGAUACAGUUGCGAGUGUUUCUACAGCAGGGACUUAAUCUCAUUGACCCCAAAAUGCACACACAGUUAGUGGCAGAGCGGGAAACAAUCUUACGUCUGAUGACAUCAUCUUUAAUCCAUGACUGAGAUGAGCAGACAUCCAUAGUCUGACAACGUGUUUUUACAGCAGCCGAACAGAACUCCAACAACAGCACUGUUGUCCCGAAUAAUUUUAGAGACAUGACUCUAAGGGUGGUGUCGAGCUUUUAUUUUUCAGUCAUUGACCACAGUCUGUACCACAUAUCACACCUGUGGAUUUACAAGUUUUAAUUAAAAAAAAAAAGUCACUGCAUACUUAGUGUGUCAGAGCUGGAGACAAAAGAAAUGAAAAGAGAAAAGACUAGACAUUCUUCAGUCAUGACUGUGUGUGAGUGUGUGUGUGUGUGUGUGUGUGUGCGCCAUGUGCAUGAUUCCCCAAAUUAAUGCCAAUUUCUCCAUGCUUUCAUGUCUCUCCUUCGCAACCCAGUGCUGUGCGUCUGGACUUGUUUUAGACCCCUUCAAACACUUUUAUCCCGGCCAUUUUCCUUAAAGCAUCACCUUGAAACGGUGCCAGAUAUAAAGCGGUAACAGCAUGUAGAGCCAGUGCUUUUGGAUGAGUAUUAAAGAGUCCUGGAGAAGAAAGGAGGGAUAAAUAAUAACAUCACUGAAAGGAGAAGCAUAAUAAAGGCAUAGUUUUUUUAGGGAAUUGGGAGCUUUCAUCUUUCUGUAACAAUAAUGUUCUCAAUGAGGCGACAGGCCUGUGUUCAGUCCAGGAUGCUACAAGUGGUGGACAUGAAAGGCUGCAGUCAGAGUGCACGGUGUGGCCUCUCACUGGAUUAUAGUUUCUGGCCUUUCCUGCUCUCCUUUCUUCUGCUUCCCUUUGCUCUCCCCUCCCCUUCACACUCCUGCCUCACGAUAAAGGUAAUGUGGCUCAGUGUGUCGUGCAGUGACAGUAAACUAAAUGUCUGUUGAUGCCCCCUCCCCUUGUGUCCAUGCUGUCCCCUGUCUGAGGCCCCCAGGGUUUUGGAAAUGGAGCAUAUUUUCCCGCUCUGAUGUCAUAAGGCAGCCCGCUUGCAGCUGUUGCAUGCUUUACAACUCUGUGUUCACUGGCACUUCCCAACAGUCGCUCUCACUCUGCCUACACCAAAACACUCAUAUUUCACCUUUCAGAAAUAGACUUGUCUUCUGUUUUCUCUGUUGCUACCUGGACUCAUGCUCAUCUUUUACCCACUGUCAUAUAUGACUCCACUUUUCGAUAGAAAAAAGACAAAUGUGCUCUUUCCAUGAAAAAGUAGCAACAAUUCCCAUUUAAUGUUGAUGAACUGAACAAUUGCAAUUUUACACCGUAUACUGUAUUGAUAACAUAAUAAUAAAUCACAAAUUUGAAAAAUUGUAAUAAAAUGGACAUUCUCUAUAUUCAAACUACACUUUCCCGCUUGAAAUAUUCUUAUAUGUUUAUUCUGAAUCUUAUAAAAAUGGUUUGUUUAGAGAUUUCUCACUAAGUCUGCCUCCCCCAACUUCCUUUCACACUGUCUCACCCAGUGUUUUUGGUUCAAGGUAUAAAUAUGGAAUUGGCAAAAAGAAAAUACAGGCAGAGGGGAGCACCACUACAGAUGACGUCUUUACUCUACGCUCACAGUAUUUUGACCCAUUCAAAUGAUUUACAUAUUUCAUAUUAACUGCAUAUUCUCCUGAAAUAACUCUAUUACAGUGCACAAACAGAAAAGGAAAUAAUUACUAUAUCUUAAUAAUUGACAUAUUAUUUGCCUUGGAAUUGUGCUAAAUUCUGUUUAGAUUUUUUUUUGUUGGACUCUUUAGAUUAUAAUUUGUUUUAGUUCCAAUACUGAGUUAUUAUUUGUUUCUCAUAAUCCAGUCACACAUUUGUUUUCCAUCCUACCCACUUCCCUUUAUCUUUUUAUACCCAUCUCCCUGCCACCUCCCCUCCCCCAUGUCCUUUUCCUCUGCGCCUCAGCAUUUACAGGCUUAGGAGGGGGGACGUACCACAUGAGCCACUCCCAUCUGACAGCCUCCCCUUCCCAGUGCGUGUAAAUGGUACAAUCCUACUUUGCAUGAGUUUCCUCUGAGUGGGUCGUGUGGGAAGGCCAGCACUGAAAGAAUUAUUAGUCUCUUUUGAACCAUUUGGAUGUGUGUAGACAGAGAAAGCUAGUGUGCUGUUGUCCUUGAGCGUUAUCACGUAUUUGCUGAAGCUAUAAUGUAUUGCGCUUACCCUGUCCCUGGAAUGGGAAGUAACUCCUUAAUGUAUUACUACAACGGGAAAUCGGUUUACGCACCAUCUCCCAACUCAGAGGACUUCAACAGGGAUUCACCCUCGUACUCUCCUAAACCUUCCAGCAGUAUGUUUGCAAGCACUUUCUUUGAUGGUACCCACAGUUCGUCUGACCCUUGGAACUCCUCCAAUGGGAUCAGUCAGCCAGGAUAUGGAGGAAUGCUCACAGGAUCGUCAUCUCACAUGCCACAGUCAGGAAACUACAGCAGCCUGCACUCACAUGACCGUUUGAACUACCCUGCACAUUCAGUGUCUCCAGACAUCAACGCCAGUCUUCCUCCCAUGUCAAGCUUCCACCGAAGCAACGCCAGCACUUCACCGUUUGUCACCGCAGCACACACCCCAUCUGUCAACACGGCGGAGGGUGUCAUGGUUGCCGCGGGUCGGGGGAACGUCACUGGAAGCUCACAGACUGGAGACGCACUAGGCAAGGCUUUAGCCUCGAUUUACUCACCAGACCACACGAGCAGUAGUUUUCCUUCCAACCCCUCGACACCAGUAGGUUCUCCUUCUCCUCUGACGGCCACAGCAGGAGCUGCCUCAGCUGGUACAGUGGUCACUGCUGCUGGAACACCGUCUGCAAGACCAGGCAAUAACCAGUGGCCUCGUGCUGGGGGACAGACGCCCUCUUCCCCGAAUUACGAAAACUCCCUUCACUCUCUGUCUCGAAUGGAAGAUCGUCUGGACAGACUGGAUGAUGCAAUCCUUGUUCUGAGGAACCACGCAGUGGGCUCCACCACCAGUCUGCCCAGCGACAUCCACAGUCUGCUGGGACAGGCACAAAAUGGGCCAAUAGCAGCCAUUGGAGCCAACUUCCCUGCCUCUGCAUUGGUUCCAAGUCGGACAGCAGCGAUGCAAAGUGGAGCCCACGCUGAGGAUGCUGCCAGCGUGAAUAACAGCCAUGGAGGUCUGCCCAGUGCUGGCUCCACUUCCAGCUCAGAACUCAACCACCAAGUGGAGACGUUCAGAGGUCUUUCUUCAACUGCAGCUGGUCAGCUGCCUCCCAACCUGGAGCUGAAGGUGGAGAAACAGGACAAAGAUGAAAUGCACGACAGUCUCUCUACAGACGGCAGGUCUGACGACGAGACCGAUAAGAGGGACGUCAGGACGCCCAGAACUGGCCAACGAACCAGCAUCACUGAGGAUGAAGAUCUGAAUCCAGAGCAGAAGGCAGAACGCGAGCGAGAGAGGAGGAUGGCCAACAACGCACGUGAGCGGCUGAGGGUACGAGACAUCAACGAAGCCUUCAAAGAACUGGGUCGCAUGUGUCAGCUGCACCUGAAGAGUGAGAAGCCUCAGACAAAACUGCUCAUCCUCCAUCAGGCGGUCGCCGUCAUUCUGAACCUGGAGCAGCAAGUCAGAGAGAGAAACCUAAAUCCCAAAGCAGCCUGCCUUAAAAGGAGGGAGGAGGAGAAAGUGUCUGGAGGCUCCACUGACAACCAAGGUCACACAGGAGUCCAUCCAGGCCUGACCGACACAUCCAACCCCAUGGGUCACCUCUGAGGAGUAGACAGAUCGUGGCGAUCCAGAUCAUUUCUGUCCUGUUUGAGUGGGUGACCUUCUUCCCAGUGACAGACCGGACUCACAGUUGGUGACACCAGUUGGAGGAGACAGACCACCUGAAGCAAAUCCAUAAGACUAAGAAGAAGGCAGUCCUAGACUGAGGAGGAGCCUGCAGCUCCCUACUACCAGUUUAGAUUAGAAUAAAAAACACGUCCCAUCGUAAGAAGAUUCCUCAGAACAUGUCACCGUCCACAAGAAUCACGUCGCUCCUGAACAAUCAGAGACUCGCAAUAUCCCCGAACCAUGUGUGGACACUGCUUCGUGCCUAAACUGAAAUUGACGAAUGCAUUGUAACAGCAGUUGUUUUGUUUUUGUUUGUUUGUUUGUUUGACUAUUUAUUGCGUUGAUGAACUAUGAAGCAAAUGUCUAAAGGGAAAGUUCAGCAAUCCAGAGAAGGAGUGUGCAGCUUUUCAGUGGAUUUAAAGUUUGCCAGUGUCACCGUGACAAUGGAGCACUCCAUCCUGACCAGUCCCUGGUGAUGCCAGGAUAAUGGGGAAAAAAUUGGGCACUGACAUGAAUUAAGAGAUUAGGAAUAAUUUAUUGGCCAGAUAUUUAUAACCCAACUGGAAUUUACCCCUAGCUUUAAGGAUUGAAAAACUGAAGCACCCAAUUUUCUUAUUUUAAUUAAAAGAGGAUAUAUUAUUUAUUUUUCUAAUGUAUUAAUUCUGCCACUGUAAUCAAAACUUUGUUUGUUACUGAAUAGUUUAGAUGAGUUUGUGUGAAUUAAAAGGCCCCACUAAGUACGUAGGUGACAGAACAGUGGCAAACUCUAGUUUUACUGAAAGCUCUCAGAUUAUUUUUCUUUUUUUUUUACAGUAGUGAGCAGAGAAAACACCAAACUUAGCAUUCCCUGCAUAUUUUAGUGUCUUAACUCUAGGAAAAGUGGACUUCACUGCCCUUCAGGUCCUCCACCAUAUAGUGUUACAUGUGAACCCUGACAAAACCCAAACAGUUUUCCAGCUCCUGAGGUCGGCUGCACAGAAGUGGCUUUUGUUUGUGUUUGUUUUAUUAGUUUGUUUGUGUCUUUUUUUGCUGGUUCUAUCUUUUAGAGUGACAUGAAGUAACAGUUUAAAAUAAGUAUAAAGACAACGAUGACCACAGCUCGUCCUGGCCUGAUGAAGAUACCACUAUCUCUUUUUUCUCCGUCUUUCUCUUCUCAGUAUAGUUCAGUAUCAUUUACUCUCAGUAAUAUGUAUUAAUCUUUUUUUCUGUUGUAACAACUCCUGUCUUUAGAUUUCCAACAUAAUCACAUGUCACUCAGUUUCUUACUGCAGAGAAAACUAAGUCUAAGUUUGUUUUUGUUUUUUCUUUUCGUUUUAGUUCAGGCUAUGUUUGUACUUUUAUAUUCGGAGACAUGGGUUGCAGCUUUGUUUUCUUUUCUCUUCUCUCUGCGUGUUUUACAUUUCUCCAUUUAUUGAGUCUUUGGUCUUAAGACUAGCUUUAUAUUCCAUUUAUGUCUUUGUAUAUCAUCAUUAUCCCAACCUACAACCAGACUGCCACCUUCAAAAUAAGUAUUCUGCGAGAAAAAAACGGGAUAAAAACUGAAGAGAAUCGGAGGCCCUGCCAUGAGUUUACAUUAACGACUCGAUAUGUUUUAACAGGUUCUUUUUGUGACAUGAACCUGAGCUUUUUUAAAUGUCUUUUGACUGAAUAUUGUCUUGUUCUUUCAGUAUUCCGAAGCCUAAAUUAGUACUGACAGACUUUGUUGGCGGGUCUAAUGUCCAUGUCCUUUCCUGCUUCCUUUUCAUUAUUUUAUGUUUUAAAUAUCCUGUUCUUCCUUCUUUUACUUCUUUUGCUCCUGUUUGUCGAAGUUAGACUUUGCUGUAAUCCCAGAUGCUUUCCCUUGUAUAAUAUAUACAUAAAUAUAAAUAUAUAUAAAAAAAGAAAGUCAAAAAGAAAAAAAAAACCAUUUGGCUUAUUUUUCACUGUAGUUAGUCUUUUAUACAACAAUACUGUAAGAAUAUUUCUUGAAUUAUAAAUAUUACUCUUUCUAGAUUUUUGAAAGCAAAAGUUUUGAGUAAAAAGUUUCUUACUUUAUUUUACUAUAUUAGAUAGUAAAAUGUCGGUUAUUUACCAUAACCUUUCCAUUAUACCAGAAAUUUACAAAGAGCAUCUCAAGAACAAGAACCUGACUCUUUGCUUGUCCGGUCCGCUGAUGGAGGAGGAAAAAAACUCCUAAAGAUGUGACCUCCAUCUUUUUCUUCAGUCUCUGUUGUUAAUUGAUUGAUAAAAAGAUUGUGAUCUUUGUGUCAAAUGAAAAUGUGUUGUUGAUGCACAUGGGGGAAAAAAGAAAAAAAAACUGCAGUAAGGGGAGUUUGAAUAAUGUCUUUUUUCAACAGAAAACACAAUGUAUAUAACAUUUAUGUUGCAAUAAAUGUGCCAUCUUUUUAUAAAA